AUGGUCACAGAAAACGUAAACUCUCGAUAUCCGCCUUCGGCUGACUUCGAUCUUCCUGGCCGGCGCAGAGUUCCUCAUCCACCCCGGCUGGAAUCUUUGACAAUUGAUCCACGCGCUGCGCGAAAUGCAAAGCCCGCACCAAGAUCUUCCCCUCAUUCGGCACACUCUACACCUCCCCAGCGAUCGCGUUCUCCUCUUCCGCGAAGCGCCCCUCCCAGCGACUACCAGUGGCCACCAACUUCGCAAUAUCAGGCCUACAAGCCCUACCCGGGCUCCUCGCAGGGUCCAACCAGUGAUUGGAACUCCCCUAGAUCAACUGCUCCUCGUCAUCACUAUGCCACACCUCCGGAAAUCCAUACACCUCGAUGGCCCUCGCGAGACAAUGAGGUUGAACGGCCGAACCCCCGCAAAGCUCCGCUGGCGCGAGGCGGGCUCCGUAUAUCCAUGUCAACGUCCAGGCUGAACAACAGACGACCAAAAACGCAAGAAUCCACUGAGCGCCACCCGCAGGACUUGAGCCCACAAAAAUUGCCUCUGCCGCGCUUCCCAAACAACGGGCCUGCCGAUGAAAAUGCUCCCCGAUCAAGUGUCAAUUCGUCUGAGACCUGGCGUUCUAGCAUUGAGCAAGCAAGUGGCACAGAGCGUAGCAGUGUUUUGACCAAAAGCAGCUCCAUUACCGACUUGUCACCUGAUACCCCCGACGCGCCUUAUGGAAUGGAUAAUGGGAUGAGUGUUGAAGACGCGAUCUCUAUGUAUCUUGAUGGUUUCAGUGAUGUGACCGAAGAGCCUGGCUCGCCAAAAUCUCACACUGGAAGCAAAGCACCGUCAAUAACACCUCCGCCAUCACGCGACACUCACUUGGACGACCUACACCCAUCGGCAUCGGACUUUGCGUCGUUGAGCGACGUUCCCCCGAUCCCUCCAAUUUCGGAUUCUAUAAUUGUGCAAGACACAAUUCCAGAGCCCGCGUUGCCGGACCUGACGUUUCUCCCGAACUUGACUUAUUCCAAACCCACACCAUUACAACCAAUACUCCCCGAAUCCCCGCCAGAGCUCACACCUCUAAAACCCACACCUGUGGAACAUCCACCAGAAGCCGAACUAUCAGACCCUGUUGUACCGGAAUCUCCGCCACCUGAAAUCACUCCCGAUUCGCCAGUGGCCGAUGUGUCCGAAGUGCAACCCGCACAUCAACGCCAGCCCUCGAAAGUGUUUAUUCCUGGAUUGGUGCCACCGCAACUUCUUUCUGGAAACGGUCCUCGGGACGAUUACGGGUUCCGAAAGUCCACGCAAUACGUCACCCUGGAUGAAUAUGAAGCCUGGAAGGGACCAUAUUCCAGCCAUGUGGCGCAGCGGAGGCUCAAAUGGUGCGAAUUGCUCAAGGAACACGGUCUUCCUACAUCUGAGCCCACAAAAUUUCCACCGCAGUCCAACAAGGUCAAGCGAUUUGUUCGCAAAGGAAUUCCUCCUGAGUUCCGAGGUGCAGCUUGGUUCUAUUAUGCCGGCGGGUACGAGCUUUUGAACCGGAACCUUGGCCACUAUGACCGACUCGUGGAGACUGCUAUGAACUCCGGGAGCAACGAUGACAAAGAGCACAUUGAGCGCGAUCUCCACCGCACGUUCCCUGACAAUCUUCACUUCAAACCAGAAGUCCCUGCACAAACCGAGCAUUCUGGGAGCAGCAAUCCGAAUUAUUCUAAUGUCACAACGGAGACACAGAUGAUUCAGUCUCUUCGCCGAGUUCUGUACGCCUAUGCGCUGCAUAAUCCGAAGAUCGGAUACACUCAAUCGCUCAAUUUCAUCACGGGCAUGCUUCUCCUUUUCCUCUCGGAAGAAAAGGCGUUCUGGAUGCUUCACAUCAUUGCCGCAGAUUACUUGCCUGGAACCCAUGAGAUCAGUCUAGAGGGUGCGAACAUCGACCUCUGGAUCCUCAUGGUCUUGCUCCGGGACUCCAUGCCAGGCAUCUAUUCUAAGAUCGCCGCCAUGGGAGGAACCCCGUCUGGACGGGGUAAGAUGCCUCCACUGACGGUCAACUCUCGCCUACCAGAUAUCACCCUGGGACUGACCAACUGGCUUAUGUCAGUCUUCAUCGGCACCUUGCCUCUGGAAACCACCCUUCGCGUAUGGGACGUAUUCUUCUACGAAGGCUCGAAGACUUUUUUCCGCGUGUCUCUAGCAAUUUUCAAAGCUUGCGAACGAGAUAUUCUUGGUGUCACAGAUCCUAUGGAAGCAUUCCAGAUCGUCCAAACAAUCCCCAAAAAGCUGUUGGAUGCCAACACGUUGAUGGAUGAAUGUUUUGUGCGUCGUCAUCGGGUGGGACAAGGUCGUAUUGAAGAGCUCCGAGCCCAGCGGCGGGUCGCCGUCCGCCAAGAAAAGCUGCGGCGAUCGGUCGCCUUCAGCAAAGGCCAGCUUCAUUCGGGGACCGACGAUUUCACUGGUCGAUCUCGUACACCAAUCCCAGGCAUUGAGCACCGAGUGGUUGAUUCCUGGCGGCAAUUAAAACAACAUGCAUUCCGCUGA